AUGUCUCAUGAUCAACAAGUUUCUACUUUUAGAAAGCGAACUAGAGAUGACAAUGAUGAUGAAAUGGAACUUAUUGCAAUAGUUAGUGGCUUUAUUAUGGUAGUAGUGGUGGCUAAAGGAGGUCUAGUUACUACUAGGAAUGUAACAAUCUUAGAAAUUGUUGCUUUCUUUCUACAUACUCUUGCACAUGAUCUUAAGAACAGAACGAUUGGUGUUGUGUUCACUCGUUCGGGAGAAACGGUAAGCCGUCAGUUUCAUACCGUGCUCAAAGCUGUGAUGAAGAUAGGAAACUUAUAUAUUAAGCAAGUAGAUUCUAGUGUGACAUAUGAUGGAGACAAUAAGUGGAAGUGGUUCGAGGGGGAACUUGGGGCACUUGAUGGGACACUUAUUAAGAUGACAGUUGCAGUUGAAGAUCGGCCUAGAUAUAGAGAUAGGAAAGGAGAUAUUACUACUAAUAUACUAGCUACAUGUGAUCCUAGUCUUCGGUUCAAUUAUGUUUUGCCAGGUUGGGAAGGAUCGGCUUCCGAUCCUCAUAUUCUAGGGGAUGCCCUCCGAAGACCUAAUGGUCUCAAAGUUCCCAAAAGUGAGAAAACCUCAAAAUUUUUCAUAUCUCUCCUUAUAAUAAUAAUAUUUAAUUUAGUUCCUUAUAAUCUUUUUAAUGUCACAUAUAAGUAUCUUCUUGUCGAUUUGGGAUACUCUAAUGCACAAGGGUUCUUGGCUCCAUAUAAAGGCACUCGUUACCAUUUUAACUUGUGGAGAGGAACUACUCCUACAAACUAUAAAGAAGUGUUCAACUUGCGUCAUUCAUCUGCACGUAAUACUAUUGAAAGAGCAUUUGGGUUAUUGAAAAAGAGGUGGGCUAUAUUGAGGAAAAGUAUCUUUUAUGAGAAGCAAACACAAGUAAGAAUCAUAAAUGCAUGUUUUGUUCUCCAUAACUUUGUUAGAGAAGAGAAUAUGGAUGAGGAGAAUUUGUUAUACGAGGUGGAUGAGGAUCUAUCAAAUGUUGAAGCUGUAGAUACCUUGGAGGAUGAAGGGGAUGAUUUCGUAUCAAUGACCCAAGCCUCACCUCAAUGGAACGAUUUUAGAGAUCAAUUGGCAAAAAAAAUGUUUCGAGAGUAUCAAGCUCGAUGGGGAGCUACCUCACAUCCUCUACCUUAG